AUGGAGCGAUCGGAAGAUGAAUUGAUACGAAGAGCAGAGCCGGAGUCUUUGGUCUCCGUCACGGUCGGGAGGUUCAUGAGUACUCUGCUCUCUACUCGCCCUAAAAAGCUACGGGAGUCUAUUUCUCGUCUAUCUCCCGAUUCUCAAAAGGGUUCCUCUGGCUCAGUUGAUGAGGCUCUCUGGUUUCUGGAAAAGUGCGUUAGAGACGCUGCUGAGAGAAACGAAGCAAUGGGUGAAGUUCUUGUUCCAAUCAUCGAACACACGUUAAGGUUUCAGGAUUCUAAGCAUGGAAACCCAGCUAUGAUACUUCUGAAUUGGUUGUUUCAAGAUGAAAUUCGCUUUCAAGCCAUUUCGAGAAACCUUUCCAAAAUUAUUUCGAGGAAUGAAGAUAAGUUUUUAGCGCUCGGAUGGUGUUUACUUGUCCGUGGUCUUGUAGAAUCCGUGGAUAAUGGGGAUCAAAGUUUUUGGAAUGGAAUAUGGGAGAAACAUUCGAUUUUCGUGGAGAUUAUUACAUCUUGUGUGCCUCACUUGUUGAUAAUUGUACGCAAUGGAAGCGUUUUGCAGGAUGGAUAUGAGGUGCCAUCUCGACUAUCUGUUUCUGCAGCUGAUUGCUUGCUGUCAAUCACUGGAGCCUUAGCAAAGAAGGAUGAUACUCUGAAGCCAUCAACCAGUAUGGGAUCUCACCGACCGGUUGCUUUGAUACCUAAUGUUAGUGAGAAGAACAAAAAGCAGACUUCUCGACCUGAAGACUCAAACAGUGAGGAAAAUUGCUUACUGUGGAACCACCUGGAGGAGCUGAGACGCCUUGUACAGUGUCUCUUUGGUUGGAACAGAAAAACUCGAGUACUGCAUGCUAGGGGGUUAAGUCAAGUGCUGAAGUGGUUAGAGGUGUUAAAAGAGCAUCAUGGUGUCUCCCAAAAGGAGGCAGGCACGGGGGUACCUGCGGAUGGAGCUCGGCUGCUCUCUAAUUGUUGGAAGCAUUAUAGUGUCUUGCUCCACAUGGAAGAUCAGAAGUUUUCAAAGAUUAGCAAGGACUUGUUGGAGCAAUACUUGUCUGGUAUUAAGUGUUAUUCGGAAAGUAAUUCUCAGGGACGUUCUGACACCAAGACUGGUAGUAUAGAGACACAGAAGUUUUUCCUGAAUUGUUUAUGCCUUUUGUUGGGCCGCUUUGAGGGAAAGAAAUUUGAGAGCAUACUAUCAGGGUAUGGAAUGACGCUUGUGCCUUGUCUUCUAUAUCAGCUUCGCAGUAACAAUGAAGAGAUAUCAGAAGGAGUUGUUGCUAUAUUUAAAUCAGUUAUCUUUAAACUACAAUCUCAGUCCGGAGACGGCAUCUCUGAUACAAUGUGCAAGGACUUUGUUAUACCAUCGCUGCUUCUCCUUCUUGAUGAGAGAGAUGUCGCGGCCAAAGCUGCUAGUGUCCUCCUGGCAGACUUUUGUUACAAAAAUGCAGGAGAUAACGGUCUCAGUGAAGUUCUAAAACGCCUUGUUUCUGGAACUACUGUGCAGAGGCAAAAUUCUAUAGAUGUGAUAUCAGAACUAAUCCUCCUGGCAAAAGAUUCAUUCCCUUCUCAUAUACCCUGGAAAAAGAUUGCGGACUUGCUAUUAACGUGCCUUGGAGAUGAGGAAACUUAUAUCCGUAAACAAACUUCAGACUUGCUGAAGUCCAUUGAGCCAUCUUUCGUACUACCAGAUUUGGUAACACUCAUUUAUUCAACCAAUGGAAAAGUACAAUCAUCAGCUACAGAAACAUUGAUUGGGGUCCUUAAGGAUCAUAAGGAGGAUUCUGAUGUCAUAUGCAUGCUGCUGACCUGUCUAAGUGCUCAAGCUUUAGAUACUUCAGAAAGUAAUGGAAAUCCCAUAGAAGGUUCAACUUUUGACAGUGAUCGAGUGCUAAAGCUGAUCCCAGAGUGGGCUAGAAGUGUCCAAAACUGGAGCUCACUGAUUGGACCAUUGCUUGACAAGAUGUUUUUCGAGCCAUCCAAUGCCAUCAUGGUUAAGUUUCUUAGUUGCAUCAGUGAACAUUUGGCAGAUACAUCGGACAUGGUCCUUCUGCAUGUACUAUCACGUGUGAAGGAGCAAAACAAAAAAUUGGAGAAUUCGCUAUUUGAUCACCUUUGCCCACUGCUUAUAUUACGGCUGCUUCCCCAAAGAGUGUUUGAUAAUAUUGAUUCCUCUUCAAUUUAUGGUACAUUCCUCAGUGGAGACUCUGUGAAUGAGUAUCAAGACAUCAAGUUUGAGGAUUGUCAAUGCAUCGCUGCUUUCCUUUUGGAAAGGGCAUUUUCUAAGUUAGAAUUUGAAGAAGUUCGGAAACUCGCUGCCGAGCUUUGUGGACGUCUCCAUCCCCAGGUGCUAUUUCCAACUGUUUUGCUGCAUCUUGAAAAAGCCACAGAGUUGCAAGACAGCCUCAAGAUUAAAGCUUGCCUAUUCUCUAUAUGCACAUCCCUUGUGGUUCGGGGCUGGGAGUCUUUCUCACACAGUGCGAUACCUAAGAUCAGGAAAGUCCUGGAAAAUAUUUUGUUAUGGCCUUCUGAUGAGAACGAAAUUUCUAAAGUACAACAUGGAUGCAUAGAUUGUCUGGCAUUGAUGAUAUGCGCUGAACUACAACAUCUUGAAUCUUCAAAAGCAUCCAAAGGAGAAAAAAUACGUACAACAGUGAAGAAGGACACAUCUGGUGUUGAUGCGUCAAGUAAUUCUGUCCUAGAUUACACGAUCCACUGUUUAAUUGAAGACGGAAGUGAACAUUCAAUUGGGGAAAAGCGUCUUCCUGUUCAGUUUCGUCUAUGCAUGGCAAAUGUGCUCAUCAGUGCUACUCAAAAAGUCCCCGAGUCUGCCAAGAAGACUUUUGCUCAAAAAUCUAUUCCGCUUCUUGUUCGAUCCCUCAAGGUCAUAUCUGCGCCUGAGGUCCGUGCAGCUUGUAUCCAGGUCCUAUUCUCGGCCAAGUACCAUUUCAAGUCCACAAUUCUCCUCCCUUAUUCAUCCGAUCUGCUGAAACUUGCCCUGAGAUUCCUUGAACAAGGAUCCGAUAAGGAAAAGCUAGCGGGAGCAAAACUGAUGGCAUCACUCAUGGCGAGUGAAGAGGCGAUACUGGAGAGUAUAUCGGAGGGAUUGCUCGAAGCAAGAUCAGUUCUGUCCAAAGCAUCUUUGUCAGAUCCUUCUCCACACGUACGUGAAGUCUGUGCUAAGCUAUUGGCGUGCUUAAUGCCCUCGUGA